AGACGGGUAGAGAAGCAAGCGACGGAGAGAAGCCGACUCUUUUCUUCGGAAGCAGCGGCGAAACUCCAUCCAAAACCAAACCUCCUUCCUCUUCCACUCCUCCAUCCGGAGAAGGAGAGACCAUAUAUUUUCCCUCCAAUUCGAAAACCCACCCUCCUCUAGUCUUUCUUCGUCGCAGUCCGAUUUCUUUCACCCUCGCCUCUCCGUCAACUUCGAGGUCGGAAUCGAAGGACCGCCGAUUUCUAGGGUUUCGUACGAGAGAAGAGGAGAGUUGGGAGAGUCAUCGAUGGAUUGGGGGAACGUGACGGCUGAGGAUCUGAUCGACGCCCUUCGGGAAGUGGACUGGUCUUCCCCUCCGCGUCCGGUCUCCGAAUUCUUCUCCAGAUUCACGGUCCCCAGAUCCUACUCCAAAUGGAACAGCCGAUUAAAGUGCAAUCUCUACUAUUACCGGACGAAUUACUUCAUCAUGAUCGUAUUUAUUCUUGCGAUUGGCUUUCUAUUAAGGCCUCUUGCCAUUCUGGCUACCAUUUUGACAGGCCUGAGUAUUGCAUUCCUAAAUGAUAGCUUUGCAGUUACUUUCAACGAGAAGGUAACAAGAACUGUCAGACAGUUUUCUCCACAUUUAGCUGUAAAGUUGAGGCCACCUAUAACGCCUGUUCUUCGUGGGCGGCCAUCUGCAAAAAGAGCAAUUCAUAUAUGUGGACGACCUCGUUGGGUUUUUGUCUUGGUAUUCUCAGCAGCCAGUUGCGUCCUCUGGUUAACCUCUUGUAGGCUUCUUACUGUUCUUUGGGCACUUCUCAUUGGACUGCUUGCAACACUACUUCAUGCAAGCUUUAGAACACCAAAUCUGAAAGCACGUCUGAACACAUUUCGUGAGGAGUUCCGAGCAGUGUGGCGCAAUUAUAGCGAGCUGUAAUAUUGUGGCCCUGCUGAGGUUAUAUGAUGACAUGGGCGCCAUCACAAUGUUGAAAUUCAUCAAUUUCUGUGGACGGUUGAUCUGCUGUUUUUAUAAUGGUGCAGGCCUGUUAUGGAGCAUAUUAUAGAUCAUUAAUGGUUCUAAUUUCUGCUGAACCUUUUCUGUGCCAUUUAUGAAGAAACUAUGAAUUGUAAGCAGUAAGCUUUAGUCUCUCAAUAGCAAUCACCUGUUGCUUUUGUAAUAUUUACUAUUAGAAGGUUCUCUUAUGCUGCUGAAAUGAUUCAAAUCCAUCAGAUGAUUUGAAAAAAUGUCAUGCAAGGUGUUUGCUCAGAAUCUGUAUUGUGUGGUAUGUUUUCUUGUUUCAACUUUCAAGUAUGUGCUAUCUGGCUAGGAUGGAUGGAUCCCUGGCAUUACAUCUUUAAGAACAUUUGAGUGAGCAGCAAAUACCGCUUUGUUCUCUGAACGUGAUCUCCACAAUGGAAUCUAGACUGUUUUCAGCUGAA